AUGCACCCGUUUACCUACAACGCCCUCCCCGCCCGCGUCCUCUUUGGCUGGGGCACCAGCUCCCAGGUCGCGAGCGAGGUCCAGCGCCUCGGCUGCUCGCGCGCCCUCGUCCUCACCACCCCGCAGCAGGUCGACGCCGGCAACAAGGUCAAGGCCGACCUCGGCGACCUCGCAGUCGGCAUCUACUCGAACGCGACCAUGCACACCCCGAUGGACGUCACCCUCGACGCCCUCAAGCGCGCUCAGGACCUCGGCGCCGACUGCUGCGUCUCGGUCGGCGGCGGGUCGACUAUCGGUCUCGGCAAGGCGCUCGCGCUGCACUCGCCCGACGACGCCAAGCUCAAGAACAUCGUCAUCCCUACCACCUACGCUGGUUCCGAGGCGACGCCCAUCAUCGGCCAGACCGAGAACGACAAGGACGGCAAGCCGCUCAAGACGACGCAGAAGACGACAAAGGUUCUUCCCGAGACGAUCAUCUACGACAUCGACCUGACCCUCUCGCUUCCGCCACAAAUGACGGUGACGUCCGGCCUGAACGCUGUCGCCCAUGCUGUCGAGGCGCUGUGGGCCGUCGAGGCCAACCCGAUCAUCUCGAACCUCGCGAUUCAGGGCAUCGAGGCGAUCGGUCGCUCGCUGCCGCUCAUCAAGCAGGACCCGCAGUCGCGCGACGGCCGGAGCGACGCCUUGUUCGGCGCGUGGGCCUGUGGAACUUGCCUCGGCGCCGUCGGAAUGAGCCUGCACCACAAGCUCUGCCACACCCUCGGCGGCUCGUUCGGCAUGCCUCACGCCGAGACGCACACCGUCAUCCUCCCGCAUGCCGUCGCCUACAACGCGCCAUACGCCGAGGACGCCGUCGCGCGCGUCGCGAAAGCGCUCGGCGUCUCGAACGCGGCGCAGGGCCUGUUCGACCUCGCCAAGGACAAUGGCGCGCCCGUGUCGCUCAAGGAGCUCGGGUUCAAGGAGGAGGACAUCGAGAAGGCGGCCGACAUCGCGGUCAAGGCGCCCUACCCCAACCCUGCGCCGCUCGACAAGGCCAAGCUCCUCGAGCUGCUCACCAACGCGUUCAACGGCACCCGCCCUCAGUAG